AAAGAGUGCAGAAUUGACUGUAAUUCAAUGUUAUGCUCAGACGAUGGAACACUGGUUAGAACAACUGAUCAUUUGUAUUAUAAUCAGUAUAUUUACUGCUCAUCCAACCAUAUUCUCGAAAGGCACUCCGCUUAAGGAUGAGUACGUUAGAGCAAACUUUGCACUUGUAAGAUAAAUCUAUUUUGCUUGACAGCAAAACCUAUAGAUUAAACAAAGAACAGGACUCAAAAUGGCUAAAAGAGAUACGGAAUAUCAAUCUUUGCUUGAAGGCAGCACAGAAACAAAACAGAAAAUUAAGCGUCCUAACACAUCCCUUCUACUGGCAAUUUGUGCAGCUUGCAUCGGAGGAACCUUUCAAUAUGGUUAUAAUAUUUCGAUCAUCAAUGCCCCCAACAAGUUUGUGCAGAAUUUCAUCAACCAAACCUGGCUGGAGCGCUAUGAAGAGGACAUCUCAGAGCAAUACCUCACUCUACUGUGGUCCAGCAUCGUGUCCAUUUUCACAAUAGGAGGAUUUAUUGGAGCGACUAUUGGUGGAACACUGGCUAUUAGAUUUGGGAGAAAAGGGACACUGAUGAUGAACAAUGCAUUUGCCUUACUGGCUGCUCUGUUGAUGGGCCUGAGCUACCCCACUGGAUUAUUUGAACUGCUCAUCAUUGGACGAUUUUUCACAGGAGUAAACGCGGGCAUUGGCAUAUGCGUUCAGCCACUGUAUCUGGGGGAAAUCGCCCCAAGGGCACUUCGUGGUGCCAUGGCGAUGGGGACCUCUAUUUUCAUCACUGGGGGCAUCCUUACUGGACAGGUGAUUGGGCUUCAUGAGCUCCUGGGUAAAGAAGAGUACUGGCCCAUCCUUCUCUCCACCACCUGUAUCCCAGCGUUCCUGCAGCUCCUCAUACUGCCCUGGUUCCCAGAGAGCCCUCGCUACCUGCUGAUCGACAGAGGGGAUGACGUUGGAUGUGGAACCGCGAUGAAGCAACUCCACGGCACAGAUAACUUUGACCGCGAGUGGGAGGACAUGGAGAGGGAGAGGAUCAGCGCCAUGGGGAUCAAACCCAAGAAGCCCUGGGAGCUGUUCAUGGACCGCAGCCUCCGCUGGCAAGUCCUCACCAUCAUCCUGAUCAACGGCGCCCAGCAGCUCAACGGCAUCAACGCUAUUUAUUUCUAUACAGAUUAUGUAUUUGAGGCGGCUGGAAUUCCAGAGGUUAACAUACCCUACGUAACUGUGGGCACAGGAGCCUGCGAAUGCCUCACUGCCCUUACCUGUGGCAUGCUGAUCGAAUCUCUGGGACGAAAAGUGCUUAUCAUCGGAGGGUACACCCUUAUGGCUUUCUGGUGUAUUUGCUUCACUCUGACACUCACCUUCCAAGGAGCAGGCCCAUGGAUACCUUAUCUUAGUAUGGGAUGCGUCUUUGCUUUCAUACUGAGCUUUGGCUUGGGACCAGGUGGUGUGACAAACAUCUUGAUCACAGAGUUAUUCACACAAACCACACGGCCUGCUGCGUACAUGAUCGGAGGGUCCGUGAACUGGCUCAGCUUCUUCUUCAUUGGCAUGGCGUUUCCAUUUAUUGUGACUAAGUUGCAGCAGUACUGUUUCCUGGUGUUCUUGGUCGUUUGUGUCUUGGUGGCUGUAUACAUAUUCCUGGUAGUCCCCGAGACGAAGAACAAAACCUUCCUGGAGAUCCAAACAGAGUUCCAGUCUGGAGAAAAGAGGAAGGCUUCCAAAGCUGACUACGGCCCAAGGACAACAUUGUUGUCAACCCCUCUGUGAAACACAGCUCCAGUGUUUGCUGCAAGGACUUGUCAAAUCUGUCCACACUACUUCUUAUUCAACAACUGGUAGUGUUAUGAAUAUCUCACUGUCAUAUUGAUUUUUAAAAAGUUCCAGAAUGUUUGUUCUUUGUCAGGGAUCAUGAUUUUGAAGAGUAGGCAUUAUGAUAACUGGGAUAAUAUGAUAAUUGGUGCUGUUAAUGUUAAGUCCAGAUCGGCAACAUAUUGGAUCAGUUUUUACAAUUAUAUAGGUUAUAAACACUAAUGAUUUAAGGCUCAGUAGUUUAACAUACUGGUCAUAUGGUAUUAGCUACUCAGGAUUACAUUAUAAGAAUUUUACUGGAAAAUGUGUUGACAUUAGAUUUUUAUCUGUAUCUGCCAACAUUUGUCAAUUAACCUUUUGAAUGAAUAAAAUACCUUUUGAGAUGACUAUCCUCCAAGUGCGUAUUUCCAAUAAAAUCUGUCCACAACA